GAUCAAUACAGUCCCCUUUUUAAAAUCCCUGCUUGUUUUGCGACGUGCGUCACUGGCGUGCAAUAAAGACGCAAAGGCGCAAUUGUAGCCCACUUCUUCUUUAUACGUCCGAGCAGCGGACUCCGGUCGGUACUUGGAAUAAACGGUAUUUCUGCCCUCUGUCCAUCUUUAUUAUUAGCGCUUCGCUCCGCCCUCCUACCUGUAAAUCUCCCCGCUCUCCUCUGGAGCGGAUCUGACAGGCGCUCUCAGCUGGCCGCUCCGUACCAGGGCUGCAGGGGACCGAAUGGAGACAGCGAUAACCACCCGAGCGCCAGCCCUUUUACGCAGAGUUGACAACGAAAACGCCCGCAAGAAAACAGUCUUCUUCUCUGCAGUGACAGCUACACACCUCUAGAAUUAAAUUAGAUUAAUGUGCACUUUCCCCCAGCUUUUCCAACCUUUUUUUUCUUUUCCAGCCCGCUCACAUUCGAUUGACGCUUCAAGAAAGUGAAAUCGAUUCUCCGCCUGUGAAUCGACAGGAUACCUGAAUGGAAGACGGCUAGAGGUCGCCUCGCCGAGAACGGGCUGCAACAAUUUUCCCCGGCGCUGUUUACAUUAACCGAAAUAUCAGUGGCAGCCUCGACGGCUGCAAACGAUGCCGUCUCUGCCAUGGCAUAUGGCGUGAAAGAGCCAGAGAACCCCCUCGGAACGAGAAGCGCCUAAGAUUCGUCAUUAUUGCGGAUUUAAAUGCCUCUCGCCAAAGGCCACCGACCCGCUGUUUUGGAUAGGUUCGCGUGUGCCGUGUCUCCUUCUGUCACGAACAAACAAUUCACAGGCUUGUGAAAAACGGAAAGAGACUUCAUCGGGUGGGUGAACAUAAUCUUACAGCAAAGAGGGAGAUUUUUUUUUUUUCCCAAGCAAUAUGGCUGGUGAGUGGGGCUGGGGACGCUGGCACAGGCUCUCCAAGGCUCCUAAAUGCUAGCUGAGGCAGAUGGCACGGUUCCCCAUGGAAGCGACAGCUCUAUGAGGACAAGCAAUAUCAAUAAUAACAUAAAUCCGGACUCUUCAAUCUUAAUAUCGAGGAUGGCAGACGUUGUCAUCCCGUACUCGUCCGAGGUGCCCUGCGACAAUAAUGGCCAGCGCAUGUGGUGGGCAUUCCUCGCCUCCUCCAUGGUGACGUUUUUUGGGGGUCUCUUCAUCAUUCUGCUAUGGAGGACCCUCAAAUAUCUGUGGACUGUUUGCUGUCACUGCAACAUUAAAAACAAGGAGGCUCAGAAGGUGAACAACCCCGCCAACAAUCAGGCAGCAGACAGAGCACCAAAGGGCCCUGAUGAGAAGGAGGAGGCGCCAGCCAAUGAAGUGGGAUGGAUGACUUCAGUCAAAGACUGGGCCGGUGUCAUGAUCUCCGCUCAGACACUCACUGGCAGAGUUCUUGUGGUGUUAGUCUUUGCACUCAGCAUCGGGGCCCUUGGAAUAUACUUUAUAGACUCCUCAGAUCCUAUAGAAUCCUGCCAGAACUUCUACAAAGAUUUCACGUUACAGAUUGAUAUGGCCUUCAACGUAUUCUUCCUUCUUUACUUUGGCCUGCGGUUUAUAGCAGCCAAUGACAAGCUGUGGUUCUGGCUGGAGGUCAACUCAGUGGUUGACUUCUUCACUGUUCCUCCUGUGUUCGUCUCUGUCUACUUAAACAGAAGCUGGCUUGGUUUAAGAUUCCUGAGAGCACUAAGAUUGAUACAGUUCUCAGAAAUUUUGCAAUUCUUAAAUAUCUUGAAAACAAGCAAUUCCAUCAAGCUGGUGAACCUGUGUUCCAUCUUCAUAAGCACAUGGCUCACAGCUGCUGGAUUCAUACAUUUGGUGGAAAACUCAGGGGAUCCUUGGGAAAACUUCCAAAAUUCCCAGUCGCUAUCAUAUUGGGAAUGUGUCUACUUGCUGAUGGUGACUAUGUCUACAGUGGGCUACGGGGAUGUCUAUGCAAGAACCACCUUGGGGCGCCUCUUUAUGGUCUUCUUCAUCCUUGGCGGUUUGGCCAUGUUUGCCAGCUACGUCCCUGAAAUCAUAGAGUUAAUAGGAAACCGCAAGAAAUAUGGUGGUUCCUAUAGUGCGGUUAAUGGGAGAAAGCACAUUGUGGUCUGUGGUCAUAUUACCCUCGAAAGUGUCUCCAACUUCCUCAAAGACUUCCUACACAAGGACAGGGAUGAUGUCAAUGUAGAAAUUGUUUUUCUCCAUAAUAUUUCCCCUAAUCUUGAGCUGGAAGCCUUGUUCAAACGCCAUUUUACCCAAGUAGAGUUCUACCAGGGAUCGGUUCUCAACCCUCAUGAUCUGGCCCGAGUGAAGAUCGAGUCAGCAGAUGCCUGCUUAAUCCUAGCCAACAAGUACUGUGCAGAUCCUGAUGCUGAAGAUGCCUCCAACAUCAUGAGGGUCAUUUCCAUCAAGAACUAUCACCCCAAGAUCAGAAUAAUCACACAGAUGCUGCAGUAUCACAAUAAGGCCCAUCUACUGAAUAUUCCAAGCUGGAACUGGAAGGAGGGUGACGAUGCUAUCUGCUUGGCAGAGCUGAAGGCAGGCUUCAUUGCGCAGAGUUGUCUGGCCCAGGGCCUGUCGACAAUGCUAGCCAACCUCUUCUCCAUGAGGUCCUUUAUUGAGAUCGAGGAGGACACAUGGCAGAAGUAUUACCUUGAAGGAGUGGCUAAUGAGAUGUACACAGAGUAUUUGUCCAGUGCCUUUGUAGGCCUCUCCUUCCCCAUGGUCUGCGAGCUGUGUUACGUGAAACUGAAGCUGUUGCUUAUUGCCAUUGAAUUCAAGUCUGAGCAGAGAGAGAGCAGCAUUCUCAUCAACCCGGGCAACCAUGUCAAGCUGCAGGAGGGAACACUGGGAUUUUUUAUCGCUAGUGAUGCCAAAGAAGUAAAAAGAGCAUUUUUCUACUGCAAAGCUUGUCAUGAUGACAUCACAGACCCCAAACGGAUCAAGAAGUGCGGCUGCAAGCGACCCAAGAUGUCCGUCUACAAACGAAUGAAACUGGCAUGUUGUUUUGAUUGCGGCCGUUCAGAGCAAGACUGCUCUUGCAUGUCAGGCAGUGUACAUAGUAACAUGGACACCCUUCAGAGGGCCUACCCACUUUCCUCUGUCUCUGUUCAUGAUUGCGCAACCACUUUACGUGCCUUCGAAGACGAGCAUCCGUCAACGCUCUCGCCCAAAAAAAAGCAGCGCAACGGAGGGAUGCGAAACUCACCCAACUGCUCGCCCAAAAUGAUGAGCCGACACGACCCCCUUCUAAUUCCUGGAAAUGAACAAAUUGAGAAUAUGGACAUGAACGUGAAGAGGUAUGACUCGACAGGGAUGUUUCACUGGUGCCCUUCAAAAGACAUCGAAAAAGUCAUCCUGACCCGGAGUGAAGCCUCCAUGACAGUGCUAAGCGGCCAUGUAGUGGUCUGUAUAUUUGGGGAUGUCACGUCCGCUUUAGUGGGGCUGCGAAACUUGGUGAUGCCUUUAAGAGCCAGCAACUUCCAUUACCACGAGCUAAAGCCUAUAGUUUUUGUGGGCUCGCUGGAUUACCUUCGGAGAGAGUGGGAAACUUUACAUAACUUCCCCAAGGUCUCCAUCUUACCUGGUACACCAUUAAGUCGGGCAGAUUUAAGGGCUGUCAACAUCAACCUCUGCGACAUGUGUGUAAUACUGUCAGCCAAUCAGAACAAUAUCGAAGAUGCCUCUCUGCAGGAUAAGGAAUGCAUCUUGGCAACACUCAACAUCAAAUCUAUGCAGUUUGAUGACAGCAUUGGGGUCUUACAGGCUAAUUCCCAAGGUUUCACGCCUCCUGGAAUGGACAGGUCAUCUCCAGACAGCAGUCCAGUACAUGGCUUCGUGCGUCAGGCAUCUGUCACCACCGGAUCCAACAUCCCCAUCAUCACAGAACUAGUGAACGACUCAAACGUUCAGUUCCUGGACCAAGAUGAUGAUGACGACCCAGACACAGAGCUGUACCUCACUCAGCCCUUCGCCUGCGGCACCGCCUUCGCUGUCAGUGUACUCGACUCCCUGAUGAGUGCGACAUACUUUAAUGAUAAUAUCCUCACGCUGAUUCGAACGCUGGUCACAGGGGGAGCCACGCCAGAGCUGGAGGCUCUGCUGGCUGAAGAGAAUGCUCUCAGAGGAGGCUACAGCACACCGCAAACUCUGGCCAACAGAGACAGGUGUCGCGUCGCCCAGCUAGCCCUCUACGACGGGCCAUUUGCCGACUUAGGGGAUGGAGGCUGCUAUGGAGAUUUAUUCUGCAAAGCACUGAAGACGUACAACAUGCUGUGUUUUGGAAUCUACAGAUUAAGAGAUGCACAUCUCGGUGCACCAAGCCAAUGUACAAAACGAUAUGUGAUCACAAACCCCCCGUACGAAUUUGAACUGGUGCCCACCGACCUGAUCUUCUGCCUAAUGCAGUUCGACCACAACGCCGGCCAGUCCCGGACAAGUUUGUCCCACUCUUCCCACUCCUCCCAUUCCUCCAGCAAAAAGAGCUCGUCCGUGCACUCCAUCCCCCCAUCGAACCGGCAGAACCGCAGCAGCAAGACCCGGGAGUCCCGCGAAAAACAGAAUGCAACAAGGAUGAAUAGAAUGGGCCAAGAAAAGAAAUGGUUUACAGAUGAACCAGAAAAUGCCUACCCAAGGAACAUUCAGAUCAAGCCCAUGAGCACUCACAUGGCCAACCAAGUCAACCAAUACAAAUCCACUAGUAGUCUGAUUCCACCAAUCAGAGAAGUUGAAGAUGAAUGCUGAACACCAGGCUUUCUUGCUGACUCACCAGACAUCUGUACGCUCUUUACGAAAGAGAUUGGAAGAGAUCACCAAAGGAGGGAUGAUGAUGAUGAUGAUGAUGAUGAUGAUGAUGACAGAGGUGGUGAAGAUUGACACAUUUCUCCUCACUCAUUCUUCUAAUUGAGGGUUGGACAGGAACCCAGACUGGGAACGGACCUCCUAUGUGUAUAUGUUUAAUGUUACUUCCAUGCUCUUGGACAUUUGUUUUAUUUAUUUAUGUGUCCAUAGAAAUGUAAAUAAUGACAAUCAAAUAAGGAUUGUACAGCCCCUUCCCUCUAGCACUUUUUGGAAUUAUUUUGAGAGUUGACAAAAAAAAAAAAAAAAGAGUACUUCCUGUAAUUCUUUGCAAUAGUUCACCUCUUCAUGUGACCAGACUCCAUGGCUGAGGUGACUGGUUAUUGGAGGAUGAGGGUUGCAGCGAUAAACUGAUCAUAUCAUCUCCCAAAGAUUCACUCAGUUGCGUCACAUCAAACCAGCUGGGUUCAUCGCCGUCAUAUCUCCCGUCUGCUUCUGUUCUAUUUGCACUAAAACUGAACAAGUUUCUUUCCACAGAACAACUGGAAACAUCAACACCCCCACCUCCCCACACCACCUCUGAGUAAAGAGUCUCUGAGGAGAUGACGGAGGAAGGGAAAGGAGGAAGGGCUGCUUGGCUUUGGAGGCAUACUAAUUUUGUUCUCAGUUUGUUACUCAUCGUGUCAUUGCUUUAAGGUUUUGCUGUUUCACCUUGACUCACCAUGUUGAGUGAGAUCAUUCCAGGCCUGGAAAAAAAAAAAAAAAGGAAAUCAAAUAUUGCAAAUUGGUAAUCUAAAAACUCAAGACAAUGGUGCAGUGUUGGUGCAUGCUGGCUGGAUGGAGAGCCCGAGUCUUCUGCUGAUGUGUCAGAUACCUGUGCUUGAGCCCAGUAGAUAUCGUGGUUGAUCAGCCUGAAUACAUGAAAAGGAUUAAAAAAAAAAAACAACAAAAACCUGCUCUGUCCUUCAUGCAUUCAGGUUUAUGUAUAAACUGUGUGUAUGUGUGUGUCGUAUUACAGCCACUUGUCCUUCUGAUGCUGCACUGUCACUCCCCACCAACACUGAUUUGUAUGUGAUGAAGCACCUUUGAGGGAACGGCAUGUUUGGAGAAAAAAAAAAG